CUCACAACUCCUCCCUCUCUCUCUCAUCGACAUCUCUCCCCAUUCUCUGAAUUGAACCUCACCAUACUGCCCAACAUGGAUGCUCAGAUAGUAGAACAAUACCUCGCGGAUAGCCCCCCAACUAUUGUACCUCUGGCCAUCAAGCCUCACUUCGAAGCCCUGAGCGACAAGGAGAAGCUCUAUGCUCACCACAUCUCCAUAGCCUCGCUCGCAGGCACACGCGUGGUCCUCCGGCAGGUCUCACCCGAAUCGGAGCCCAUCUACGACUUCAUCAUCGCUUUGCACAAGCGCAGCUCGGGUGACUACUCGGCUUUGGCGAAGGAGGCCGGCCUCUCUUCCGGCGAAAUCGAGGCCUACCUCAACUACGCUGCGCAGUUCCUCGGCAACGCGGGCAACUACAAGUCCUUCGGCGACUCCAAGUUCGUGCCGCGGCUCGACCCGAGGCAGCUCAAGGCGCUGGCUACCGUGUCCCAGGAGACGCUGGACCUGUACGAGAAGUUCAAGGAUCUGAUCUAUACUGGCGAUGAUGUUGCGAAGCUGCACUUGGGGUACCCGAGCUCUGGGCAUGUGUCGACGUACUAUCCUGCCAGUCCGCACAUCACGAAGGAGGAGAUCGCUGGUGUGAGUGAUUUCCUCGAGAGUAAGGGGUUGUUGCCGGAGAACACAAGGGUGAGGAAGACGCCGGAUGGAUACGAUAUCUUGAUUGCCUCUGCGCAGGACAACCCUGCGGCGGAGGAUAGGGAUCUGAAGGAGAGCGAGUGGACGCUUCCGGAUGGAAAGAAGAUUCAGCUCGUGUUUGGCGACUAUACGAAGGAGAUGGCUACAAUUACGGAGCACUUUGAGAAGGCGAAGCAGUAUGCGGCAAACGACAUCGAGUCUAAGAUGGUAGAAAACUAUGCGAAGAGCUUCAGGACGGGUUCGCUCGAGGCGUUCAAGGAGAGCCAACGGUACUGGAUUAAGGAUAAGGGACCGGAGGUCGAGGUGGACGUCGGUUUCGUCGAGACGUACCGAGAUCCUCACGGCAUCCGUGGAGAGUGGGAGGGUUUCGUGGCUAUGGUCAACAAGGAGCGAACGAGGGCCUUUGGCAAGCUAGUGGAAUCGGCACCCAGCCUGAUCCCUCUAUUGCCCUGGGACAAGGCAUUUGAGAAGGACAAGUUCCUAUCUCCAGACUUUACCUCUUUGGAGGUCCUCACCUUCGCAGGAAGCGGCAUCCCUGCCGGCAUCAACAUCCCCAACUACGAUGACAUCCGUCAGACAUUGGGUUUCAAGAACGUUUCCCUCGGCAACGUGCUUUCCGCAAAAGCUCCCAACGAGGCCGUUCCGUUCAUCAAGCAAAGCGACCUUGCCAUCUACCAGAAAUACCGGGACCCCGCCUUUGAGGUUCAAGUCGGUUUGCACGAACUCCUCGGCCACGGCUGCGGAAAGCUUCUCCAGGAGACACUCCCUGGCGAAUUCAACUUCGACAUCAAGAACCCUCCCGUUUCCCCAAUCACCCACAAGCCCAUCUCUACAUACUACAAACCCGGCCAGACCUGGGGCAGCGUGUUCGGCUCCAUCGCCGCAUCAUACGAGGAAUGCCGCGCCGAGUGCGUCGCCAUGGCCCUAUCCUGCGACUUCUCCGUCCUCGAGAUCUUCGGCUACGGCGACGGAAAGGAAGACAUCAACAGCGAGGCCGGCGACAUCCUCUACGCAGCGUACCUCUCUAUGGCGCGCGCGGGUAUCGCCGCCCUCGAGUUCUGGGACCCCAAGUCCCGCAAGUGGGGCCAGGCGCACAUGCAAGCGCGCUUCUCCAUCCUCCGCACGUUCCUCAAUGCGGGCGUCGAGUUCUGCGAGCUAGAGUACAAGGAGAAGGACCUGUCCGACCUCACCAUCCGGCUCGAGAGGAACAAGAUCCUUCAGCUCGGCCGCCCCGCCGUCGAGGAGUACCUUCAGAAGUUGCACAUCUUCAAGAGCACGGCCGACGUCGAGGCCGCGACCAAGAUGUACGAGGAGAUCACGACUGUCGAGCCGUUCUACGAGAACUACGUCCGCCCGGCUGUGCUGAAGCAGAAGACGCCUAGGAAGGUCUUCGUGCAGGCUAACACCGUAGAGAAGGACGGCAAGGUGCAGCUCAAGGAGUACGAGGCCACCGCCCAAGGCAUGAUCCAGAGCUACGCCGAUAGGGAGUACGUGUAAAAGCGAAAGAGCGUAACUUCCCCCAAACAACAACACUCAUAUAGGCAGUAGCGACCAGGAUGCUCGCUUGCUUGCCCUGUGCAUUCAUGAAGCUCGGUCUGCGACUAGACUAGAAAUGACGAAAUGAUAGCAAUGUUCUGAAAUACUCAACUUACUGCUCGGGAU